AUGCCCUUCACCGGCAAACUAAUUGCCGUAACGGGCGCAGCCUCUGGGAUCGGCCUAGCCACCGCUCGAUUACUCGCCCAGCGUGGUGCAGCCCUAUCAAUAGCAGAUAUCAACGCCGAAGGACUUGGAAAAGCAAGGACACUUAUUGAAUCAGAGAACAGCCCUAAGUCACACAUUCUAACAACAGCGUUGGAUGUCCGCGAUUCCGCACAGGUCGACUCGUGGAUCAAAAGGAGCACAGACAAACUGGGCCCUAUAUACGGAGCAGCUAAUGUUGCAAGAGUCACUGAAAAGCAAUUAUCGGGCAAUCCUCUCGAUGCUGCAGAGUGGGACCAUAUAAUCGGGACUAAUUUGACGGGGGUAAUGCAUUGUGUCCGGGCGCAGGCCAGGAACGCAUCUUCUGAGGGCGCAUCUAUUGUGAAUGUCUCGAAGAAUUGCUCAGCAUUUGGCACCGAAGGGUAUCAGGGUGAACUGCGUGGCACCUGCGGUGGUCUCUACACCACUUACCGAGAAGGCAUUCAAAGACUUCAAAUCCCCAUGAUUUUGAUGUCGGAUAUGCAGAGGCUUGCGAAACCAGAAGAAGUAGCGAACGUUAUCGCCUUUCUUCUCAGCCAGGAAGCUUCCUUUGUGACGGGGUCCACAUACCCUGUGGAUGGGGGCUACUUGUACUGA